AUGCGUUUCCUUAGCAUCUUCGCUGCCAUCGUCGCCCUCGCUCCCGCCGCGAUGGCACAGGGCCAGAACCCCACGAACUGCCUUGAUGAAUGCCAUCCCUACAGUGCUGGCUGGGAUAAGUACUGUGAUGCUAAGCACCCGGCUCUUUACCGUGAAGGCCCUGGCUGCUUCAAGUGCUGCGAGUCCGUUUAA